AUGGAUCGUGUCGUUCCUAUCAUUGACAAUCUGGGCGUCACUCCUAAAAGUGAAGCCAAAUUCCAUCUGUUUGGUCUUCUGCCUCGGGAAAUUCGACGAGAAAUUUACAUCUUGGCUACACCGCCCCGGGUGGUGUGCGUGGAGGAAGUCGGACGUGAAUCAGCCGCCUGGUAUGACAAACUCGAGGAAUUCACAGAGACAUGUCGAACUACACCAAUUCAAUUCAAGCUGCACCCUGAUCUUCUUUAUUUCGCCCAUAAUUGGGCUCCGGCCAUUGCUUCGAGGUUACGCUCACAUAAUCAGCCACUUUUAGAAGCCUAUGGCUUCACUUCCACCAAAGACCGCUAUCUGCCCUGGGUUCCUACCGAGGACACACCGGAAAUCCCCUCAACCUGGCUUGCAGAUCACCCUAAAGUGGCAUGGAUUAUGGCGCGAAGUGCCUCUCUCUAUAGUUCCGCGCCAAUUCCGCCCUUCUUACAUGUCUGGUCCGAAUCUCGCGAAAUGCUUAAGAGCUACGGCUACCAAUUAGUGUUCGGUACCCGCACGGACGAACCACGGACAUGGUUCCAUUUCGAACGAGAUACACUUCUCAUCAGCUACGUCUCACCAGAAAUAGAAAAUGUACUUGUAGGCGAGGGAUGGGAUGUUAGCUUAUUCCGUCCUAUGGACUUACAGCGUGUCAAGAGGCUGGCCCUUAGAAGCGGAUUCUCAGCUAUGCAAGAUUCUUAUGGCGGUACUUCGGACCUGUUGACGAUAUUGAGGCUACUCCCUAACUUGAACGAUUUAUUUUUUGUCCAGCGUUCUGAUGGUACAGCCUGCGGCUGUAGGGCUAGUACGGUUGUUAACACUAGGGACUACCACGUAUGUGUAUCCGUAGACGAGGCCGAUUUUAUCCCCCAACUUUCAGAAUUUUAUGACUACGUCGAUUCUCCAUACUCUGACUUAAAGGCAUUCAAAAGUCGUAACCGGGAAGGGUCUGCUCUCAGUCACUGCCGCUAUUUUGACUACGCAGCCAUUCACACCCGACGCCGCAUCUGCAGCGAACGUUCGAAACUUAUGUCUAGCACCCAUAAUAACACGACGCAACGGUGGAAUGUGCCGCGUAUGCAACUUACGCACGUAUGCUCGUUAGAGGGAGCUGAAGCCAUCUUUUCGAAGCGCCGCCAGUUCUGGAAUCAAUUCGUCGCUACGAAGAAUAGGCUCGCUCGUGGUCGGAUAUCAAGGCUGAAUACUCUCAAAGGUGAAUCUCAGAAUAUACCCGGAUAUAUGGAUGUUGGCGAGGCGUUCCUCAGAGCUCACGAGCCAGAUGAGGAUGAACAAAGGCAGUUCUACAUCGCUCAUUAUAAUCUACCUUGCUACUGUAUGCAGAGAAAAUUUACCCUCCCUGUUUCUAGAGAAGGAUUAUGGUGGCUAACCGAAGCUGUGGUGCUCCCACCUCGGUUUGAUAUUUUGUGA